GCAAAUUACAUUCCGCAUCCCCAGUUGGGUGCCGCAUCUCACGCUGCGCUGCAACGCACGCAGCGGCAGUCGUCACAAAAGAAAAAUACACGCAAGGGCAGCAAGACUCUAAAACGCCCGCCGCCGCGGCGCAUCUCAAGAAGAGGGCAGCCCCACGCACCACCAUGCGCUCGCGCCUCGCCGAGCUCACGGGCGGCGACCCCAGCGACGCGGGCGACGUCGAGCUGGGAAACGCAUCCAGUAAUUACAUGGGCGACUUCUUCGCGAAGGUCGACGAGGCGAAGGCUGGUAUUUCAACGGUAAAAAAAGCCUCGAAGCGCAUCCGACGCAUCACGGACGAGCGCAUGCUCGCGACGUCCACAAACGAGGAGCAGGGCGCGUCUCGCGAGCUGGGGCCGUUGGUGGAUCGGACGAACGCGACGAUCAAGAAAACGAAGAAUUUGUUAAAUGAACUCGCGGAAGAGGACAAGACUCUCAAAGCCUCGGAGCAACGCAUAAGAAAGAACCUCGCUUCCACACUCGCGCGGAAGUUCGGCGACGUCUGCCAGGACUACCAGAAGGAGCAGACGAGGUAUAAAGAUGAAGUGCAGGCCACUGUGAAAAGGCAGCUCGAGAUCGUCCAGCCGGACGUGUCACAGGAGGAGAUCGAUACGGUGCUGCGGUCAGGCGGCCCCGGGCAAGUGAUGAGGAGCGCUAUCUUGCGGGGUGCCGCGGAUCCUGUGAAAGAUGCUUAUGCCCAUGCGGCCGACAGGUAUCAGGACGUCCUGAAGCUGGAACAGAGCGUAGCCGAGCUCCACCAGAUGUUUCUGGACUUUGCCUUGCUCACAGAGCAACAAGGGGAAAUGUUAGAUCAGAUCGAGUAUCAGGUCAAAGCGGCAGGUGAAUACGUUGAAGAGGGCAACGUGGACAUCAAGAAGGCGAUCCAGUACCAGAAGGAGAUCCGGAAGAGGUACUGUUGUUUGAUCGUCCUGAUCCUCGUGAUAGUGUUGGUGCUGAUGGGCGUGCUCGGGGCGUUCGACCAGGAGGACACCGGUGAUAAGGAGGACCGGCGGCGGCUGCGCGACGCUGUUGGUGGGUAAGUAGUUGUUUGCGGUGGUUUGGUGGGGGC